AUGGUGGGAAACGAGUCUAACAAGACCAACGGCGAUGCACACGUGGAAAGCGGCGGAGAUCUCAAACGGGAUAUCGACAAAAUAAAUUCGAUAAAAUCAAAAGACACUCAGGAGAUUGUGGCCCGUUUUGUAAAAGACGAUUCUCCGACAGUCGACAGAGUGAAAUUUGAAGGAUUUGACAAUAAUAGUAUUUAUUCUCAUGAGACUGAUGAAAAUAAAUUGCCAGCUAUCCCUGACGGCGGUUGGGGUUGGGUUGUUGUAUUCGCUGCCUUUCUGGUAUCGGCCUGCGCCGAUGGCCUCGCGUAUUCCUUUGGUAUCCUCCACGAGGAAUUCACUAAAUACUUUGAAGCAUCACAAUCGAAAACAUCCCUUAUUGGAAGCUUGUUCAUUUCAAUACCGUUGAUGUCCGGGCCGAUAAUGAGCGCUCUAGUUGACAGAUACGGUUGUAGAAUAAUGACGAUGAUUGCUGGAGUUCUAUCUACAAUUGGAUUCUUAUUGGCUGCUGUAAGUGACUCUAUUGAAAUGCUUUGCUUAACUCUUGGAACAUUAAGCGGCUUAGCAAUGGGUAUUUUGUAUGUCACUUCAGUCGUCUCGGUUGCAUUUUGGUUCGAUAAGAGAAGAACUUUGGCUGUAUCUUUGGCAUCGUGUGGAAUCGGUUUCGGUACAUUGAUGUACUCUCCUAUGACAAACUACUUUAUAGAGUUGUAUGAUUGGAGAAACACCUUAGUUCUUUUAGCAGGGACAAUCUUGAAUAUGUGUGUAUGCGGUGCAUUAAUGAGAGAUCCAGACUGGCUUAUUGUUAAGGAGGCGAGAGAAAGGAAAGAGGCAAAGACUAGAUCGAGGAAGUCAUCCAGUGCAGGGUCCAUUUCAUCUAGGUCAGUGGGCGGAGAGUCAGCGUUUUUAACUUUAGAUGAAUUAAAUGAUUUAUUGAAGAGUGGAGAGAGUCCUGAAUAUAUUCUAGACACACUCACAACUUCUUUAGCUGAAGCCAAGCAACUUGAGGUUACGACACAAAUGAAUGCAGAGCAAUCGCGAAAAAGGACUCAUUCUGAUAUUAUUCUACCAACAUUUAUUCAAAGGCACGAUAAGGUGCCUACAGAGGUAAUAGAAAAGUUGAUGACAAAUAAGCGGCUGUAUAAAAUAAUUCUACAAAAUUACCCUCAUUUAAUAACAAGAAGACGUUCAGAAGUAAAUUUACAUGGUGAUAAAGUAGAUUCAGCUGACAUCGAGGAACCAGCAAUGAAAGUAACUGUUAUGGCUAAGAGGCCAAAAGAAGAUGAAAAAUCAAAGCAUCUUAAAAAGGAUAGCGCAAUAGAUAGUCAUCACAAAGAAGGUAAAUCACAAGAGGAAAAUAAACCAAAGAUGAAGAAAAGUGAAACUAAAUUAUCGAUGAAUGAAAAGAAAGAAGUACUGAGAGUUGAUAACAAAGGAGUUCAAGAAAGAAGUCCAAUCAAUAAGGAUCAGCCCAAAACACUGCCGACUACAGCCAGUUGGAUAUCGCGGCAAAUAUACACUGACCACCAUUAUCUUCGAGACAUGCCACUUUACAGGAAUACGAUUAUGCACAGGGGCGCCAUGAUGAACAUCCCCAGAUACAAGCUGAGAGCAUCUUCACUACCCGACAUCUAUAAGAACUCCAACUGGUCUCUCUCUUCUUAUUACUCGGACGACGAAAGGAAGUGGUACCUUCGUGCCUUGGACAGCAUCAAGUCUACAUUCGAUAUGAGAAUGUUCGUGGAGUUCCAUUUUAUUAUGUUCAACAUAGGUUCACUGAUUCUCUUCGUGUGGGCGAUCAUACCGUACUUCUUCCUCAAAUCGUACAUGACCUCUGUGAAUAUGGAAGACGGUGCUCUCAUGAUCAGUGUUAUCGGAAUUGCCAGUGGAGUAGGAAUCGUGGGGCUUGGCUGGGCGGGUGAUCAACCAUGGAUAAAUGUGACGAAGGCGUACGCUGCCUGCCUCGUCAUAUGUGGGUUAUCGGUAGCUGCAUAUCCUCUCUUCAUCCAGAAUUAUUGGGGCCUUGUCGUGGUAUCUACCGUCUUCGGGCUUUCUUACGCCAGCUCUUACUCAUACACUCCCGCUAUCCUCAUGGAACUAAUGCCCAUAGACUACUUUACAAUUGCCUAUGGGUUUAUUUUGCUUAGUCAAGGUGUUGGACAUUUGAUUGGACCUCCACUUGGUGGCCUAUUAUACGACUUAACCGGAAACUGGGAAGCUACGUUUUACGGCGGCGGGGUGUGGCUCGUCAUUUCCGGAAUUAGUAUCGGCAUAAUUCCCUACACGAAGAAUAGGAGAAUAUGGGGCACUGGCCCACUACUUAAGGACUUGGAGGAAGGCCAGAGCAUGAGGAAUUCGAUGAAUGCUUAA